AAUUUCAAAAAUUCAGAGAAAAUUUCGGGGAGAAUUAUUUAUCACCAGAUCCCUCUGUUCAGACAAAAUAAAAUUUUCGAUCCCUCCGACUUUUCCCUCUCUUUUCCCUUGGAGGGAAAGCCUUAAUCCAAAAUCCCCUGCUUCAACUAGCAGAGCAAAAUUAGGGUUUUCAUAAAUGCUUAAGCUUCACUGACGGGGAUCUUUCUCUCUGCUGAUUCACUGUUUGGUUACCGGAAUAGCGGCGGCAGCUUCCGGCGUUUGGUAUUCCGAUUUGAUUUUAGCUCAGUCAAGUAGGCACACCUGCAGCAUUCUCAAAAUUAAGCUGUUUAAUUCAAGUCAAAAUGCAAACGAAGAAAAGAAGUUCCGGAAGAACUGCUGCGAGAGAGCAUGCUUGUCCCAAGGUUACAAGAGCUCAGAAGAAAGCAUAUGAAAGUGUGCAAGUUAUGGAAAAGAAAGUUGCUGACCUAAUUACAUCUUCAGCAAGGAAGCAGAGAAUAGGUGGCACUCAUAAAAAGAAUGGGGGGCCUUUUACUGCAACCAAUUCAGAUUUGAAUUAUGACUCAAUGCGUGAUGGGACUGCUGACACUUGUUUGGGGCAUGAUGCUAUGCGUGAUGAUUGCAUAGAUAUUAAGGAUUGUAAAGAGGGAACUACUGAUUGCAAAGCGGAAACUAUAUUUUCUCCUGCCUUUCACAUAUCUAAACAUGCCGAAGGGGAAUCUGAUAAUGGAGUUGAUUUUGUUAAAUUCUUUAGAAAUGGAGACCACAGUUAUCAUCAAGAUUGUGAAAUAAUGUACUCAAGGGUUGAUGUGCUGAAUGGUCAUGUUGUUCAAGAGACUUCCGAAUCCAUGGUUAGAGAUGAGAGGAGUUACUGUGAGAACACAUUUUCUUCAGUAAAUAUAACAUGUCCUGUUGUGGAUCCAGCCACUAUUUCUUCUGAAGUCUCAGCCAUAUAUCUUGCCAUGAAAAAUUCCAAGUUGGAAUGUGUGGAUGAACAUGGUCACGAGCCCAUGUCAACUGAUUUAUACACAGAUGAUGACGAGUAUGAGGAAGUUGAUGACUUUGAUCCUUACUUUUUUAUCAAGAACUUACCAGACUUAUCAGCAGUUGUUCCAACUUUUCGGCCGAUGCUUUUGCCUAAACAGACACGGCGUUGUCCUCCUACUAGUCUUGUUUUGGAUUUGGAUGAAACUUUGGUACACUCCACACUAGAACCUUGUGCUGAUGCAGACUUCACUUUUGCUGUAAAUUUUAACCUCCAAAAGCAUACAGUAUAUGUCCGAUGCCGUCCUCAUCUCAGAGAUUUUCUGGACAAAGUUUCCAAUCUUUUUGAGAUCAUAAUAUUUACAGCUAGUCAAAGUAUUUAUGCAGAGCAACUUCUAAAUGUGCUGGACCCAAAAAGGAAGAUAUUUCGCCAUCGUGUUUUUCGGGAUUCCUGUGUUUUUGUGGAGGGGAAUUACCUCAAAGAUUUGUCAGUUCUUGGUCGUGAUUUGGCACACACUAUCAUAAUCGACAACUCUCCACAGGCAUUCGGGUUCCAAGUAGACAAUGGAAUUCCAAUUGAGAGCUGGUUUGAUGAUCGUUCUGAUAAAGAAUUACUCUUCUUACUUCCUUUUUUGGAGAGCUUGGUUGGAGUAGAAGAUGUUCGGCCACUAAUUGCAAGCAAAUUCAGCCUUAGGGAGAAAAUAGCUGCAGCUGCUUAUCCUCUUAACUCAAACAGAGGCGAUCCUUUCGAAAGGUAAGCCUUCAGUGUGAAUGAUCAGUUUCACGGUUUGAAAGCUCUUCUGGGUGUAUUUUCUGUACUUUUAGAACCAGAAACGCUGUUCUGUUUGUUGUGAAGUUAUGUGCUUUCAUUGAGAAAGACGGAGAUACAAUUGGGGUGUAACAUGGGUCAAAUGCAAGGAAGACACAUAAACUUUUGAUAGAAAAUUUGCUUACAAAUAAGUUUCCUACUAAUUUAACGGUGUUAUACAUGUUUGAAGUGUUGGGUAGUGGAAUAUUGUUUGCUCUUUGUGUUGAUUGUUAAAUUUUUAUUUAUGAAGCUUUGGCUUCGUAUUUUAGCUCGAAAAGUCUUUUUGUUGAGAGAUUAAUUAAGAAAGAAGAGAGAAUUUGUGAAAAGUGUUCUUCAGUUUAUAUCAUGAACAUCUCGUGACCUUGCUCGAACUUUGCUCGGAUAAUCCACCCGAUACCUGAGUUCCGAUGGCGAGUGUUAGAAUAUGGACUUCUGGCUUUCGACAUUAUGCUCAAUGAGAAGUGCAACAUCAGACAGAGGCUCAGCCGUUGUUAAAGACUUAAGAGUCGCCGUUUGUCUCUUGGUUCUGUGAAGAACAAUUCUAAUGCAUUUGGGUUGAAAUAUUCUGUCUCUGUAUCUGCAAUGGCAAUUUGCAAAGUGAAACUGGUGGGACCAAAUGGUGAGGAGAAUUGAGUUUGAAGCUCCAGAUGAGGUUCGCAUCCCUGAGUCAGCUGAAAGCGCAGGGCUGAAGUUGCCUGACACUGCAGGUCCGGUGCCUGCUCUACUUGUACUGGGCUGUUGGUUUGGGGAUUGGCGGAUCAAUCGGAGGCGGUGAUCUUGGAUGAGACGCAGAUGGAGCAAGGGUAUGUGGUCACCUGCGUCUCAUACCCGACCUCCGAUUGUGUGAUUCACACACACAAAGAAAGCGAUCUCUAUUUGCCAAAAAACCACAAUGAGUGAAGGAAGAACUUCCAUUUGCUACACUAGUCCGGUCAACAUCUUUUCUGCAUUAUUUGAAAAUGGUUGUAGCAAAAGAAGAAAAAACUCUAGUAAUUAAUUAGUCAUUACCAUAUAAGUUUAUUUGACAC